AUGCCGAAGAACAGCAAGGUGACCCAGCGCGAACACAGCAAUGAGCAUGUCACUGAGUCCGUGGCUGAUUUGCUGGCCCUCGAGGAGCCUGUAGACUAUAAGCAGAGUGUACUGAAUGUGGCCGGCGAGACAGGUGGCAAGCAGAAGGCAGCGGAGGAGGAGCUGGACGUAGAGGACCGACCGGCCUGGAAUAGCAAGCUGCAGUACAUCCUGGCACAGAUUGGCUUUUCGGUGGGACUUGGCAACAUCUGGAGGUUCCCCUACCUAUGCCAGAAAAAUGGAGGAGGUGCCUACCUGGUGCCCUACCUGGUGCUGCUGAUCAUUAUUGGCAUCCCCCUCUUCUUUCUGGAGCUGGCUGUGGGCCAGAGGAUCCGCCGUGGCAGCAUCGGUGUGUGGCACUAUGUGUGCCCCCGCCUAGGGGGCAUCGGCUUCUCCAGUUGUAUUGUCUGCCUCUUCGUUGGACUGUACUACAAUGUGAUCAUUGGGUGGAGCGUCUUCUACUUUUUCAAGUCUUUCCAGUACCCGCUGCCCUGGAGUGAAUGUCCUGUCAUCAGGAAUGGGACUGUGGCAGUGGUGGAGCCUGAGUGUGAGAAGAGCUCAGCCACUACCUACUUCUGGUAUCGAGAGGCCUUGGACAUCUCCAACUCCAUCUCAGAGAGCGGGGGCCUCAACUGGAAGAUGACACUCUGCCUCCUUGUGGCCUGGAGCAUCGUGGGCAUGGCAGUAGUCAAGGGCAUCCAGUCCUCUGGAAAGGUAAUGUAUUUCAGCUCCCUCUUCCCCUAUGUGGUGUUGGCCUGCUUCCUGGUUCGGGGGCUGCUGCUGCGAGGGGCGGUUGACGGCAUCCUGCACAUGUUCACUCCUAAG